GUCCCUUUAAUUGUUUUUUGGCUCUUCUAUCGCCCAUCGCUUGGGAGAUUAAAGUCUGAACUUUUUGAUCUCAAGCUUCUCCAUCUCUCCCUCAACUCAAGCUCCUGAUGGCGAGCAAUAUCAUCUUGUUCGAGGAUAUCUUCGUGGUCGAUCAGUUAGACCCUGAUGGCAAAAAGUUCGAUAAAGUUACUCGCGUUCAAGCUACGAGCCACAACUUGGAAAUGUUUAUGCAUUUAGAUGUUAAUACAGAGGUUUAUCCAUUGGCUGUUGGUGAUAAGUUCACACUUGCGUUGGCUCCUACGCUGAAUCUCGAUGGAACCCCUGAUACCGGUUAUUUUACUCCGGGAGCAAAGAAAACACUUGCCGAUAAGUAUGAAUACAUAAUGCACGGGAAGCUUUACAAGAUCUCUGAGCGUGACGGCAAAACUCCAAAAGCAGAGCUAUAUGUUUCGUUUGGCGGCCUCCUGAUGUUGCUUAAGGGAGAUCCAGCUCACAUUUCUCACUUCGAACUCGACCAGAGGCUCUUCCUACUCAUGAGGAAGCUGUGAGGUGCCAUUUUUUCGGAUAAAAACUGAAUUAAUAGAGAGCUUGAUCUAAUGUUUAACUUUUACUACUUCAACUCUUGCAAUUUUCAUGAAGCAACUCUUGUGCAAAAGCAAGUUUUUCCGUUCCGUUUUAAAUCCCAUUCCACAAAUUGACUGCUCCGGUCCGGUGAAAUGUACUAUUUGUAGCUCUAAGCUAUUGAUGAAGAUAAGCAAUUGAGACCAAGAACAUAACAAAAAACACAGACAAAGACACAGUUUUUUUUUUGGUCAAGGACACAGUUUUGUUUCUUCUCUAACCAAUUUUCACUACACUCUUAUCUUCUAACAACAAUAUGAAGCAAUAAAGCUCGAAAAAU